CCGCGUGUGGCGACAGUUGCCGCCCGGCGCGAUGGCGAAGGGGCCGCUGCCCGCUGCUUUCCGCCCCUCCUCCGCCGCCCUCUGGCCCCUCUCCCGCCUUGUCGUCCCGCGGCCCUGCACCUUCCCCAUGAAGCUGUGGCUGCUGGUCAACAGCCCGUUCGUCCACUCGGUGCGCUGGGACGCCCGCGGCGAAGGCCUGUUCAUCGACCAGGGGCUCUUCGAGCAGGAGCUGCUGGCCGUGAGGCCCACCGCCGCCGGGGAGGAGGAGCUCUUCAAAACCAAGAACUUCGGCAGCAUCGUUCGCCAGCUCAACCUAUACGGGUUCCACAAGCUGACGGUGAGUCCGGCCAGCAGCGCGGUCGGGUCCAGGCCGAGGCCGGCCACGGCGGGGGGCGAUACCAGCCACGCUGGUGGGCCCCUGCACCACUUCUGGAACCCCCACUUUCGCUUCGGCCGCCCCGACCUCCUCGUAAAGAUCAAGAGACUGACCAAGGCCAACAAGGAGAAGCUGGACGCUGGCCUGGAGGUGACCAGCCGCCUGACCGACGACUUGCAAUACAUUACUGGAAGGGGCCUCGCUGCCGUCGCCCACGUCCCUCGGCGGGGUCGGAAGGACCGGACAUUUCCAGUGGCCGAGCUGAUGUGUGGUCAUGUGUUCCCCCUGGAAAAGAGAGACAUAAGCUGGAUAAGCAACAAGACAGAAAGACAAGGGUGGUCAGGAGGAGUUUGUCAAGCUUGGAAAGGAAGAAGCAGGGACAUACCUGCACACUACACUAUGAAGGAGCAGAAACAAAACUCACACCUGGAUGUCUGUAACAGGCAAGUCUUCUUAGUUUAGAGAAAUUGCCAGCAGAGAUAAGAGCAACAUGAAGAAACAUCGUUUAGUGCCAAAGAAGCUGGUACGUACCCUAAUUGAACAGUCUGAACAGUCUGUUGCUGACCUGUCUGCUGCAGUCCAUUCGUCAUGGGCCGACGUAGAGCAGAGAACAGUGGUUUUGAAUGGUCUCAGUGACAUUUUGGCUCUACUUGAGGUCAGUGGCGAAAAUGCUACAAGGCUCAAAAAGGUCAAUUCUCACCUUCAACCUGUAAACCACUUAUAAAUCAUUUAUUAAAUAUAGCUCUUUAAAUA